UAUGUAUAGGAAAAGACAUGGUAUAUAUAGGGUUCAGUUCUAUCCGCAGUUUCAGGUAUCCACUGGGGGUCUUGGAACGUAUUUUCCCGUGAAUAAGGGGGGCUUCUGUAAUUUGCUGAAGGCUCCUGCUCACUUGGAUUUGAAUCCACUUUACUAUUUCUACCACCUGUGCUGCCUCAAAUACUACAGAAUAACUCCUUCCUCUUGAAUUCUUAAGACUUGUGAAUGGAAGUAACUACAUGUGGCUUCUCUUAAAUCAGGAGUUCCUAACUUUUAGGGGUGUGGAUCCCUUUAAGAAUCUGAUGAAAGCUAUGAAGACUAUUCCAGAAGAAUGCACAUACAAUACACACCAUCUUGCAUACAAUUUCAGGGGGUAAAUGGACCUCUCAAUGUCCGCUGACCCUCAGUUAAGAAUUACCUUCUCCGUGCCAAAAUGAUGCUUCAGGCAAUGUAGAUCAGUGAGAUUAAAAUGGAAGCCACUGCUGUUAGUCCUGGAAGGUGCUGACGUCUCACUUUUCGAUGUAAACAGCACUCCACUGGGUGGCACGUAGUUUAACCCGUGCGUAUUUCCCUCACACGCGGAUGUUAGCCCUGCACCCCGGGGAGAAAACCACCGUUAAGGAAAUGAACUCCAGGGCCAAGUGUGCUGGGGCUGCUGUCUGGUGAGGCUGCGACAGGAAACGCCUGCUUGGGAAAGAUAGAAAGCAGGUGCCACAUUCCCUGAACAGCUUUUCAGAAACCGGGCGUGUGUGAGUCUGAUGGAGCAUGGUUUAGAUCCAAAUCCAGAGACAGUGCGUUAAGCCUCAGAUAUAUCAGGCAAGCCCUGUGCUAGGUGCUUUCACGGGAAUUACUCCGUUAAACCUCACGGUGAAAAAUGCAUCUGUAAAUACAUAUUCAGGUUUUCAGGGGCUCAGUAUUUAAACUGUAGGCAAGCAGGAGCUGUUUAGAAUUCUCUGUUCCCUCUUUGCCUAGGGAAUUGAUAGCUCUUAUGUAGGCAAAACGUCUUGAAUACCAAGUUAUCUGCACGUGGACUUUCUUUGGUUUCUGUCGUGUAGCUCAGUGCUUCCCGUCUUCUGUAUUCAUAAAAACUAGGCACAAGGUUGAACAUUCAAAGCUAUAUAUAUCGUGAUGUAAAGGAAUUUUUCAGGAUGUCCUCUGGGUCUCUGAUGAUGGGCCUGACGCAUGUGAAACUGUUAGUUGGAUGAAGAGAGCCUGGGCCAGGGGAGGGCUGAGUUCUAGGGGUCUGCCUUUAUGUUCUCACCGCUGAGUCCCUUAUUGCCCGAGACAGCAAGUUGCCCUUCAAGCUCUGGAGAAGUCAGAGUGGCAACAGACCAGGCUGCAGAAGAUGUCAAUGUUACUUUUGAAGAUCAACAAAAGAUAAACAAAUUUGCACGGAAUACAAGUAGAAUCACAGAGCUGAAGGAAGAAAUAGAAGUAAAAAAGAAACAACUCCAAAAUUUAGAAGAUGCUUGUGAGGACAUCAUGCUUGCAGAUGAUGACUGCUUAAUGAUACCUUAUCAAAUUGGGGAUGUUUUCAUUAGCCAUUCUCAAGAAGAAACACAAGAAAUGUUAGAAGAAGCAAAGAAAAAUUUGCAAGAAGAAAUUGACGCCUUAGAAUCCAGAGUGGAAUCAAUUCAGCGGGUGUUAGCAGAUCUGAAAGUUCAGUUAUAUGCAAAAUUUGGGAGCAACAUAAACCUUGAAGCUGAUGAGAGUUAAACAUUUUAUAAUACUUUUUUUAAUUUGUUUAAUAAACUUGAAUAUUGUUUAAAAUGAUAA